AGAUAUGAUAUUAUUCAUUUUAUCUGCUUUGUUAAUCUCAUCGUAUGCUCAGAAUGAGAUCGACUUCGACAAUCCUGGCAACUGUGGCAAUGCUGCGUCUAACUGGAAGCCUUGUAUAGAAAGGAAAGUGGCUGACCAAGUUUUCGGAUCAUGUUGCGAACGAUUCGUUCCUCCCGAGUGUCGAGGACUUUGCAUCUACGAGACAAAUGCCAUUGAAGCCAGAGUUGUGUUGAUGCAUACCAUCCAACCGUCCCGAUGUCGCUUAUACAAGUACCUUCCUGCCGUCGUACACUGUGCUGCUCAGACUCAUGACAACACCGAAUGCUGUCGUGCCAAUGGAAUCGCUCAAAUCGGAGAGCAAUGUUUACAGAUGUGUCAGCCGCAGGCGAGCCCACGUCGCUUCUGGGGAGUGAAGUCUUUGAGGAAAGAUUUGGUAGUUUGUCUGGCAAAGUGGGAUCAGAUCAUGCAGUGCCACCAAUCAGGACUACGCGCUCGAAAAAUACCACGACCAACUCAAAUCGCCUUCGUUCAAGUCUAUGUCACUUUGUAA